AUGUCGACUGAUACUAAAACCACCAAGAAGCGCAAGUCCGGUGACGACGUCGUCCCUCCCACCAAGAAAGUCAAGGUCGCGACAACCAGCACCCGCACGACUCGUUCCGCCGAUGCGCCUGCACCACCACCCGCCGCAGAAGCACCUGCACCUCUCAAGUCUGCGUUGAAGAAGAAGAAGGAUACGACUAAGAAGGCAGAGUCGAAGCCCGCAAAAGCCAAGAAAGAGAAGAAAUCUGCCGCCGCCGCAGCAGCACAGGACAUCAUCUCCGACGACGAAGAAGCCGGCACCGCCCUGACAACUGCCCAAACCGACGCCCUCUUCGCCGGCUUCACCGAUAGCGAAGACGAAGAAGCCGAGGAUGACAUCAAUGCCGACACCGACGCCAUCGACGUCGCAAAGCUACCAAAAGCCCCCAAACCCAAAGCCCUCACGGGAGCAACCACUUCCUCCGACCCCGAAUCCAUCCCCGGCGUAGUCUACAUCUCCCGCAUCCCCCACGGUUUCUACGAACCCCAAAUGGCCGCCUACUUUUCCCAAUUCGGUCCCAUCUCCGCCAUCCGACUCGCUCGAAACCGCAAAACGGGGAAAUCGCAGCACUUCGCUUUCAUCCAAUUCGAGUCGGCGAGUGUAGCGGAUAUCGUGGCGAGGACGAUGGACAAAUAUCUGCUCUUCGGACAUCUGCUACAAGCCAGAACCAUCCCUCUGGAUCAAGUCAAGGAAGGACUAUUUAGCAAGCAAGGAGCGAAGGGAGGGAAAGUGAGGCCGAGAAAUCGGAUCGAAGGGGGAAUACUCAAGAGAGGUACGGAUCGCGAGACUUGGGGGAAGAGGGUCGGGAAGGAGGAGAAGAGACGGAGUGGGAAGGGGAAGAAGUUGGAGGAGUUGGGGUAUGAGUUUGAGAUGCCGGAGGUGAAGGGGGUGGAGAGUGUGCCCGUGCAGCAGCAGGCGGUUGAGGGGGCGGUUGAGGGAGCGAUCGAGGGAAAGCCAGCUGUGGAUCCGAAGGAGGUGAUUGUGGAUGAGGUGGAGGAGAAGAAGAUUGAGGAGAAAGUGGAGGAAAAGAAGGAGAAGCGGAAGGCGAAGAGUGUUGUUGAUGGUGCUGAGGUGGCGCCGAAGAAGAAGACGAAGAAGGCGAAGGUCGCUGCACUUCACGUUGCUCACAAGCUCAUUCGACUAUUCGUUUACAUUCAAGAACAACUCCUCUCCGCAACCUCGCUUUUCAUCAUCACUGGAUGA